CUCCUUGGCUUCGUUCUCUCCUCCUACAGAGCCCUCCGCUCUCUUCUUGGAAUAAGAAUUAUUCUUAGGAAUCUAAUCUUUCUUCUUUCUCUCUCUACAUUUCCUCUGCAAAUUUUCUCUUCUCUGUCUCUCCGAUUAGAUUCUCUUUUACGUAUAUAUUAGUUCAACAACUUCUUAGCUUCUCCGUUGCCAUAGAAGAUGAUGAGUACCGUCGUCAAGAUCGAUGGGGAAGAACCAACCGACCUUCUUGACGAUCUAUCGGCCCAAGAACAGACGAUGAGCACCGUCAUCAAGGUCGAUGGUGAAGAACUGGCCGACCUUCUUCAUGAUCUAUCGGCCCAAGAACAGACAAUAAGUACCGUCGUCAAGAUUGAUGAUCAAGAAUCAACCGACCUUCUUGACGAUCUAUCGGCCCAAGAACAGACAACGAGUACCAUCGUCAAGAUCGAUAGUCAACAACCAACCGACCUUCUUGACGAUCUAUUGGGCCAAGAGCAGGUGGGUUUCUUGUGA